AGGCGGUUGACAGGAUGCUGAACGCGGAUCGCCUCUCUCAGCCGGGGCUCGAGUAUCUGGCCCAAAGGCAUGUCAUUACUUAUAUGGAAGAUGCAGUGAGUCAACUACUAGAAAGCAAGGAAGAUAUUGGUCAAUAUGGCAUUGCCAGAUUCUUCACUGAAUACUUUAAUAGUGUGCGUCAAGGAACUCAUAUUUUGUUCCGAGAGUUCAACUUUGUCCAAGCUACACCCCAUAAUAGAACAUCCUUUCUAAGGACUUUUUGGCAAUGCUUCAGGACAGUGGGGAAAAAUGGAGACUUGCUGACUGCCAAGGAGUACCACUGCUUACUGCAACUCCUUUGCCCUGACUUUCCUGUGGAGCUUACUCAGAAAGCAGCAAGGAUUGUUUUAAUGGAUGAUGCUGUGGACUGUUUGAUGUCUUUUUCAGACUUCCUGUUUGCCUUCCAGAUCCAGUUUUACUACUCAGAGUUUAUUGAAAAUGUGGCCGCCAUCUAUCAAGAGCUGUUGACAGGUAAAAAUCCAAACACCGUGAUUGUGCCUACGUCAUCUUCUGGACAGCAUCGUUCGCGUCAAACUCUCAGUGAGUGCAGUCCAGUCGAUGGGGUGGAGGCAUCUGCAUUUUACCAGUGCCUUGAAUCAUUAUGUGACAAAUCUAAAUACAGCUGCCCCCCAGCCACUGUUCUCAAGGAAAUUCUGAGCAAUGUACAGAGAGUAACUUUCUAUGGAUUUCUGAUGGCUCUUGCAAAGCAUCAUGGGAUCAACAAAGCUCUCGGAGCUCUCCCUGAGAAAGCAGAGUUGCUGUUUGACCCAGUUAUGGAUCAGGAAUUAGAGAAACUAAUUGCAUCAAUUUCAGGCCUUUCAGUAUCCAAUUCUAGUGCAAGUGGGGAUGCAACUAACUUGCCUUCUCGUGCUUCACCACGCAUCUGUUCCCUUUGGAGGCCGCUCCACCACCGUCGGAAAGUGGAUACUGAAAGCGAUGGCUCCACAGAAGAGACAGAUUCUUCAGAGAACUGAUUAAAUUAAUAUACAAUGGUUAACAGGUCCUUAUACCCCGAAGUGUUGGAUUUAAGGAAAAGGGAGAUGGGAGACCUAUUGCAAUUGUAGGACCAUACUGCUCUCUUGUGGCAAAUAUGCCAUAUUGAUUGAAAUACGAGAGCAUUUGUUUCAGUGUUAAGAAAUUUAAAUUCUAUGUAGAGUUUGCAUCACUAUCCUUUGAUCUCUGUUGUACACACAAGAUUUUACCUUCUCCCGUCAUAUGAACCCUUUAUUAUACUGCUUGGUAUUAACGUAUUUUAUGAAAGUCCAGAUCAGAAAGGAAAAUGCAUGGCUCAGAGGGAUAGGUAAUUUUUUUCAUCGUGGGUUCAGGAUGAGGCCUGUGAAGUGUGAACUAUGUAUAGAAAAUAAAGAAUGUUGCAGAUUUGAGAUUUCUUGCAUCAUAAGUUAUAUUACAAAAAGUAGCAACUGCAUCAUUUGCUAUUCAGAUGUCUUUUGAAAGGACAUAAGUAGUACUAAAGAAUUACGACGAAAUAUUUUUCUUUCAUUCCUUGGGAAGUGAAGUAUAAAUGUUAUACAGUUGAAACUACAAGGCAAUAUUUCUUGCAGUCAAAAAAUAGUCAUCAUAAUGUUAUAGAAUACUUCUAGAAGGUUCGUUUUUUUAAAAAAUAAUAAUAACAUACAUGAUAACCUUAGCUUUACUUUAAAUCUAAUUUUCGUUCUUAGAGCUUAGUAUAGAAAAUACGAUGGAGGGGGUGAUUUCUAACAACACAUUUUAUAUUAUUAUUUGGAGCCCAGGAAAAUAAGAACUGCAAGAAAAUGAGAACACAAGAAUCCAGUCUGAUUUAUUGGAGAGGAGGAAGAUUCCAUCUCUCUCACCUUUAAAACCCCAUAAAGCAGUGCCAUAAUGUUGGCUGCAUAUCACUUAUGAAUAUUUUGAUGAAUUUCAAAUACAGAGAUGACCCAAGCAGGGGAAACCUCUUCUAAUCUCUUGAGUGAAAAAGCAGUGGUCUGAUGAGCUCUGCAAACUCCUUGCUCAGGAACUGAGCAAACAAUUUUAAAUCUGCAACACUUGAAACGGGAGAGGCUAUUUUCAGAAUCCUAUGAACACAAAGGAGAAGCAAGCAAAGGGGGAAAUUUCUGGUCAGUCCAUGCAGGCAUUUAUUUUCAUAGGAAGUGCACAAGGCAUAAGCAGAUUAAUUGCACUAAUGAGUUACACUAAUGUGAAAGUGGGUAACCCCAAAGGGCAUUGGUAACCUCAGCUGCCUCUAGCAAGUUUACCUCACUGAAACUCAAGACAUCAUUUCAGUGUAUUCUUGGUGAUUACUCUUCCUAUUAAACAACUGGUUUGUCGUCUUAGGGGACACACUGUAUUUGGUGGCAGUUUCCAGAUAAACCCACAGUGCAGCAGCAACAAUCAUGCAAUUUGAAUGCAAAAUGGUUACAACAGUAAGCACCAUUUCACAAGGAAAUAAUUCUCCCACUCUGUUGAAAUGAGAAUA